AUGUUCAAUCCAGAUGUUGGCAGUGGCCGAGGUGACUUCCCACAUGGCGAUGCUCCGGAACAUUUCCACUCGAUGAAACGCCUCCUUGCUCUCCCGCCAGAAACGAGAUUAUACACGCAUCAUGAUCAUCCUCCUUCGAGUGAGUACACAUCGGUCGGCGAGCAAGAGAAGAAAAAUAAGCACAUCAAGAGUGACUCGUCAGAGGACGAUUUUGUGAAGUGGAGGUCUCAGCGAGAAAAGAUGUCUGAGCCUAAGCUUGUGCACCAGGCUAUGUAG